AUGUCGGUCUUAGAAAAACUCAUGUAUUCUACGGGAUUUAGUUUUCAAAAACUAUGGGCAUUUACAGGACCUGGAUUUUUAAUGAGUAUWGCCUACCUUGAUCCAGGCAACAUAGAGUCAGACUUACAGUCUGGUACAACUGCCAGGUACAAGUUAUUAUGGGUGUUAAUGAGUGCUACCAUUUUGGGUUUGGUAAUGCAACGGCUAUCUGCUCGCUUAGGUGUUGUUACCGGUCUCCAUUUAGCCGACAUGUGUUAUCACCARUACAGAAAAGCUCCAAGGCUAUUUGUUUGGCUAAUGAUGGAAGUUGCUAUCAUUGGUUCAGAUAUGCAAGAAGUCAUCGGUACUUCAAUUGCAAUUUACUUACUGAGUAACAAAAUGUAAGCAUUCAGUUUGUUUAUAGUACAAUUUACUGUAAUGGCRAUAAGAAGCCUARUAAAAUAAAGAGUUUCUGUAUCUAAUUAGCUAAUCCACAUCAUAUUAAUAUUUAAUAUUGUGUCAUAUAAAUGUAUAGAGGGUAAACCACUAUAAAGUAUGGUUGUGAACCAAAUAUCAGAUUUUCAACGUGUAGCAGAAGUGACCAAUAACUUUAAAUAUUACUAAYUGUUCUGUAAAAUUAAUUAAUUUUAAUUCAUCUCGUUUAUUCAAUCAUGUACCUAUAAAAUAUUUUUAAAAGAAAUAGAAAUAUUUAGUACCAGGCUUUAUUGUUAGGUGCAUUAUAAAAUAUAAAAUGUGCAGUUGACCUAUCAUAUAUGUUCAUAAAAAUACAACAAGAUUUASUUUUCUCUGAAGGUAUUUAAAAUAAUGCAUUUAUUAUUUUAUUACAUGMAAUCAUCAGGUAGUCGCGUCUGACAUUGACUGAUGACUUUUGCAUUAUCAUCGCAGUUUUGAAGGUAUUCAAAAUAGACAGGUAUUGACAGCAGGYCAUCAACAAAGAAUGUGUUCCCCUCCCACRAUCUAAGGGGACUUCAGCCCUAGAAUUGUUGUCAAGUCCCUCAUUUUGUAAAUUUUUUUAAUGUAGUUUAGUAGAAACAUAAACUAUACUUCCUGUGUCAUCAUUACGCCUUUGAAGCAGGCACGAUCAGUUAAAAAUAUUUUUACUUACUACUGUAUAAAAUUUUAUAUUUAAAAAAUAGAAAUACUAUAGUACCAUAUUAUCACCAAUCAUUGCCAAUUAUCUCCGAUUUAAUAUUUUUUUACUUGAAACUAUGUAUGUGGUGUGUAUACCAUACGCCCAUAUAUGCUUUUAUUUUUCAUUUAUUUGCGAUAGRUAACAACAAAAAGAUAUUUAUUUCGCAUUAUUCAUGAACUUGUCAUAGUAGUCAAGGUAAAAUUAAUAAUUAGGUACUCAUCAGGCACAUAUACAAAGGGGGGUUGCCAUCCCCCCACUGGGAAAUAAUUUCUUUGAAAAUUAAUUCAAAUUAUAUACCUAAUAUUAUAAAAUAUUAUUAUUAGCUGUACAAUUUGUAUUGCUAUAUAUAUUUGAUAAACCCCCCUCCACCACUCACCUGAAAUUUAAUCUAUGCACAAGCUUUUUAAAUUUAAAUGGAUUAUUUAGUAUGGUGAGUUGUGAAGUGAAGUCUCUUAUUUAUUACUGUAACA